AUGGUGUUAAAGACUAAAUCUAGCACCUAUUUUGCGAUAUUAGUGCUGGUGGUGCUAUGCGUACCGUUUCCCACGACAUUGCGCGCCAUAGACAACGUGGACUACGAGUACGAGUACGACAACGACGUGGACCCACAGCUGGACGAUAGGGGCGGCGGUAAUAGUCAAGCGGUGGCGGCCGACGACACGGUGGCCACCGAUGCCGGCGGUGCCAGCGAUGCCGACAUACCGGGCGGUGACGGCCAUAGAAUGCCCAUCCGUUCUGUCAAUAAAACCGCGAAAAUCGGUACUAAACGACCAAAAGUUGUUAAAAAAUUGCCCGAUUUUGUCACAAACAACGAGACGAAAGUUGAAUUGUUUGCUAAGUUAAUGAGAAAUCCGACCGUGGUUGAAAUGGUAGAUAAGCUGCGCAUGCGUGUGGGCAAUUUUAGCAGGGCAGUUCGGGUCAAUGUACGUAAUUUUGUGGAUGAGGCCAAACAGGGUGUGUCGGAGGACAGUGUGGUUCACGUCCGCAAUUCAUUGAUGGCUUUUAUCGAGAGUCUAGAGUUGUCUCCACUCUGUCUCAUGUCAUUCGUGAUGAUGAAAAAGGCACUUGAUAGAAAUGAACGAUGGCCACUUAAAUUUUACGACUCGAUGCAAAUCAAACCCACGGGACUAUUGGAGGGUUCGUUCACAAGCCUCGGCCUAUACUCUGAAUGCCUGGACAUAGAGAACGAACACUUCCCGGGCAUUAAAAUGAAGGGUCAGUACUGUUUGGCCAAAGUUGAGUUGCCAUUCAUGUAUCCCAAGCCUAACAACGAGACCCAACACAGGAGUCCAUUACUGCCCGAUAAUAAUACACUCAAACUAUUGCAAGCAAUCAAUUACUUUAGGAAAACAUAUUUCCGGUUUGGCGUCUGUUUUCCCUCCACUUGUAAUCCCAAAGAGAUUAAUCGGGCGUUGAAUACAAUUAUGUCUCCGAGUGGUAAAUCAUACGUUGAGAUUGAAAAGGAAUGUAACGUCAAGAAUAAGGACAUUAAACGCAAUGGCUAUCAACGGACAGCACACACAAUAUUACUAAUAUUUAUAUCGUUGGAACUGUUGGGCCGAUCGUACGUUCAGCCCGUGUUUUACAACAAUAUCGGUCUUCGGCGACAAAAUACGGGCAUAACUAAGGAGUUCUCAACCGCUAAGAAGUUCUUUUGGCUCAGAAACAGC